GAUUUGGAACGCUAACCUUUGCCUUUGCAUCGCAGAACCACUGUCAGUACAGAGGCGUCGUUCAGGGUGAGGAGGGAUCAUCGGUCGCCAUGGAUAUCUGCAGUGGCCUCAGAGGAGUGCUCCAUCUGUCCGACGACAGCUACGGCAUCGAACCCCUGGACUCCGACCCGGAGCGACACCUGGUGUACCGCCUGCGGGACGUGAAGUCACAGCCCAGAGGGUGCGGCACGCCGCAUGACAACCGCACUGCCGCAGAGCGCGGAGCGGAGGAGAUCCACCACGGUCAGCACAGGAGGAUGAAGCGAGCCAUUCUCCAUCAGGCCCACUAUGUGGAGCUGUUGCUGGUGGUUGACAACAACAAGUUUAAUGCCAUGAAAAGAAACGAAACUGCAGUGAGAGAGAAGAUGGUUCAACUGGCCAACCUGGUGGACAGUAUCUACGUGCAGCUCAACAUCCGGGUGGUGCUGGUCGGCCUGGAGAUCUGGUUGAAGAACCCCAUCAGCAUCGAGGGAGGAGCCGGAGACGUUCUGACCAGAUUCACGCAGUGGCGAGAGAAGGAGCUGGUUCCUCGACGGCGUCACGACUCGGCACAACUGAUCCUGAGACAGGGGUUUGGAGGGACGGCAGGGAUGGCCUUUGUCUCCACCGUCUGCUCCAGGAGUCACGGCGGAGGAAUCAACGCGUUUACAAACAACAACCUCCCCUCAUUUGCCUCCAUUUUGGCCCACGAACUGGGCCACAACCUCGGUAUGAACCACGACGACAGGCGCUCCUGCAGCUGUCCGGUGAACGCCUGCAUCAUGAACUCUGGAGCCACGUUCCUUCCUGGUGGAACCGUGUGUCGCUCUGCACCGGACGAGUGUGAUCUGCCGGAGUACUGCAACGGAUCGUCCCCCCUCUGCCAGAGUGACGUCUUUGUCCAGGUGUGUUUGAACUUUGAGUGCCGCAGCGCUGAUGUCCUCAACUUCGACUGUGACGUGGACAACAAAUGUCAUGGACAAGGGCUUAACACCUCCCUCUGUCUCUGGAUAAAAGACUUUCUUUCAAACAGACCACAACGGGUCAGAAUGGGCGCCACCACAUCCUCCAACAUCAUCCUCAACACUGGGGUCCCCCAGGGCUGUGUCCUCAGUCCAGUCUUGUACACACUCUAUACACACGACUGCAUUGCCACCCACGCAUCCAACAGUCUCAUCAAAUUUGCUGACGACACAACAAUUGUUGGACUGAUCAGCAACAAUAAUGAAACCCCAUACAGGAAAGAGGUCCAAGCACUGGCGGCUUGGUGCAGCGACAACCACCUCAACCUCAACACCAAAAAGACAAAAGAAAUAAUAAUUGAUUUCAGGAAAACAGGAUCUACACCACACUCAGGCCUUAGCAUUAACGGAGAGGAAGUGGAGCAGGUCAGAAACUUCAAGUUCCUUGGCCUACACAUUUCAGAGGACCUAAGCUGGACUGUUAAUACAAAAAACAUAAUAAAAAAGGCCCAACAACGUCUUUUCUUCCUCAGAACUCUGAGGAAAAACAAACUCCCACGCCCCCUACUCAAAAACUUCUACCACUGCACAAUAGAGAGUGUCCUGACCUACGGAUGCACAGUGUGGCAUGCCAGCUGCACUAUGCAGGAGAAAAAACAACUGCAACGGGUCAUCAAGACGGCCCAGUGGAUCAUCGGAUCCCCGCUCCCAUGCCUGGAAGACAUCCACUCAGAUCGUCUCCUCCGAAGGGCCAGGAAGAUCCGGGAUGACCCUGCGCACCCAGGACACACUCUAUUUACCACCCUUCCAUCAGGCAGACUUAGGGUUCUAAAAACCCGUACCAACCGGAUGAAGAACAGUUUCUUCCCCACGGCGUAUUGUUGGUCAGAAACUUUUCUUUUACUCCAAAAUUUCUGUAAAUCAUAUCCAACAUCUGUCACUGCUGAGGCUGGAACUUUUUUUUUAUUACAUUCUGUCUUCAGAGCUGAUGGAGUAUCUUCAGCCAACUCCAACACCAGGGGGCCCCCUCCUCGGUCACAGCCUCCGCCUGUUCCCCGAGCUGGCAACAUCGUCAGAGAUGGGCACAACGCUCAGCUGCUGCCGCCACACCAGGUGGUGGAGACCAGCAGGACCGCUCCAACCUAUGCACUCAGGCCGCCCCCGCCCCCUAUGUGA